ACCGGAUGCGGAAGUAACAGAUCCGCAUAAACAACAACACGACAGUGGCAGUAAGAUGGUGUACGUGUCCAACGGUCAAGUCCUUGACAGUAGGACACGGUCACCAUGGAGGCUGUCUUUCCUCAGUGAGCUCUUUUGGGGUGUAGUGGAGUUUAUUGGCUUGUUUUUUCAGACCCUUGUUCAGCCAGGUAUGUCAAAAGAUGGUAAUGCAAGUUCACUGUCACGCUUCAGUGAUGGAAGAGGUCCUCCAGGUUUUCCAGGUCGGAGACGUAUGGGCAGGAUAAACCACGGUGGAGGCCCAAGUCCUCCUCCAAUGGGUGGUGGAUGAGGAAGGUAA